CAGUUGUUAGGCUACGACAAAUCAAUAGACCUUGAGUUUCGUUGACUGGCCGCUAAUAAAAAAACCGGUUGGAACAUGUGGAUAGUCAGAUUGAGAAGGGAAUAUUUAAUACAGAAAGCUGUUGUGCUGUUGCACAACUGUUCCAGGUUAUGGAGGGUUGUGGUGCCCCAUUACAUGAUUAACCCUACCAGAUUCUGUAUAUUUCUGUACAAAGCAAUUUAGCGAUUUGUUCAUUCAAAGAAACCGGCAGAUAGCUAAAAUAUAAUGGACACUGCAUGUGACAAGCCAGAUGUGGAAAAUGAAAAUGUAAACAGCAAUGAGCAUUUAUCUAUGCUUAGCACAGAAAUGACUACAAACUUCCUUUCAACUGCUAACAUCAGCGGUGGUGAACAUGCUAUUGAAAUCACAGGCUUGUGUCCUGAUGUUUUAAUUGAGGAGGAAGACCAAGUAAAAGAUAAAGAAGAAAACAAGACAGAGUAUCUGGAUGAAAUAAGCGAUGAUGGCAUAGAACAUUCAGAGAUUCAAACAAUGGUCGCCUUACCUGCAGAAAGUGAACCUAUACCAAUUGACCAGAAUAUGAUUGAUGCAAUUUCAGUCCUGGAAGAAGCUGUUGAAAAUCAUAUUGGUAUAUUAAUAUCAAACUCUCAUGAAACUUGUAAAUUGUACUUUAAAGGUCACAUUAAUUUAAAAGUGUAUUGUACAAAACAAGAUAUAAAAGAAAAUCAGAUAGAGUAUCUUGAUGAAAUAAGCGAUGAUGGUAUAGGGCAUUCUGAGAUCUGCCAAACAAUGAUCGCCUUACCAACAGAAAUUGAACCUCUACCUAAUGACCAGAAAAUGAUUGAAGAAAUAUCAGUCUUGGAAGAAGCUGUUGGAAAUCCUGUUGGUACAAUAUUAAUGGUCAGCUCUAAGGAAACGGUCUGUCAGUCUUUUGAAAGCCUCGAUGACAUCACAAAACUUCUUAAAACCCCGCUGAUAACAGAUGACGUCCAGGGUCAUGUUACAUCAAAUGAAAAUAUAGAGUCAGCAGUGAACAAUGACACAAGUGGAGGGAAAGACUUAUAUUAUGUUGCUUAUGGUAAAAAAGACGAAAAUGAAGGCACUUCUGGUGCGGACGAAGAGAAAGAAACUGGAUCCGACUAUUCUGAGAUACCAAGUGAACCAGGUGAACCAAUUGAAGUUGAAUCCACUUCGAGUAGCAUUACUUUAGCUUGGAGUGAACCACUAAAUGGUUCAAAUAGCAUCGAUAAUUAUGAAAUCAAAUACAAGGAACGCAACACAGAAACUGCUAGAUGGAUACCAGUAGUCACAGAAACAAAAAGGCGAACAACUACAGUUCCAGACUUAAAAUGUGGAACGGAAUAUGAUUUUAAGAUACGAGCGGUGAAUCAGGAUGGUGAAGAGGGUCCAUUUAGUAAACCGGUCAAAUUCUCUACCAAUAUAUCGUUAGGCAAAUCUAUUCAGACUUGCGCUAAAAAGAUUAAAGAUGGAAAUCCAACAAUUUUCAAACUUCCACUUCAUCAACCAAAAAGUUCAACCAAUCACGCUGCCAAAACACGAAAAUGUACAUUUGGACGAAAAAGGGUUAGAAGUGUUGAAAAAACGAUAAUGUUAGUGGGUGCCACCGGAUCUGGGAAGAGCACAUUGAUAGAUGGCAUGAUAAACUAUAUUACUGACGUAUCGUGGGAUGACGAUUUCCGUUUUACUUUAGUUGAUUUAACCGAUGAAGAGAAGAAAAGACUUAAAAAUCAGGCUGAUUCCCAAACCGAAUGGAUAACAUGCUAUGCAGUGCAUACAAUGGACGGCAGUAAAAUUGAUUACAAUCUUAACAUAAUUGACACACCUGGAUUUGGAGAUACUCGUGGUAUCGUCCGGGAUAAAGCUAUCGUCGACCAAAUUCGAGAAUUCUUUACAUCUCCAGGGGAUCAGGGAAUCAGAUUUUUGGAUGCAGUCUGUUUUGUUACACAAGCGCCUCUCGCUAGACUCACACCUCCACAGCGUUAUAUCUUUGAUGCUAUUUUGUCUGUAUUUGGUCAAGACAUAGCUAAUAAUAUAUAUGUAUUAAUUACGUUUGCAGAUGGAAAUGCACCACCAGUAAGAGAUGCGCUGAAUGCUGCAUGUGUCCCCUUUCAAGGUUCUUUUAAAUUUAAUAAUUCUGCACUCUUUGCUUCUAGUCAAAACUCAGAUGAGGCCAAAUUUGGAUCUCUGUUUUGGAAAAUGGGUCAACAGAGUUUCAAAAUAUUUUUUGACGAACUUAAGUUGGUGGAGUCCAAAAGUUUACAGCUGACUACUGAGGUUCUGGAACUGCGGAAAAACUUAGAAGCUACUGUUCAAGGAUUGCAGCCUCAGAUUUCCGAAGGCAUGAACAAGCUAAAUACGAUCCGACAGGAACGAGCAGUUUUAAAGAGACACAAAACAGACAUUGAAGCUAAUAGAAAUUUUAUUUAUGAAGUCGAUGAAAUUCAUAUGAGAAAAAUAGAUUUGCAACCAGGACGUUAUGUAACCAAUUGCCUAAAUUGCAACAGAACAUGUCAUUACCCUUGUCGUAUUCCAGAUGAUGACAAUAAAAGAAACUGUCGUGCUAUGCAUAGAGGCUUGUGUACAGUAUGUCCCAAAGAAUGUCACUGGAGCGUCCAUAAAAAUAACUCUUUUCGGAUUGAAACCUAUAAUAUCAAAGUCAAGAAAACAUAUGAAGAACUCAAACGAAAAUAUGAAAUAGCACAACAAGAGGAACAGAAGCACCGGUCUGUUUUGGGGAAAGUUAAGAAUGCAUUUACUUCUCUAGGUAGCAAGGUAAUGAAAAUGGUACAUGAUGUACGUGGCUAUCUCAACAAACUGAACGAAAUUGCACUUAGACCUAAUCCACUGAGUGACAUUGAUUACAUAGACUUGCUCAUAGAAAGUGAGAAAAAUGAAAGAAAGUACGGAUGGGAAAAUAGAGUUAAGCUUUUCAAGAAAAUGCGAGAAGAGUCGGAACUGGUGGCCAAAACGUCAAAUGUAAACUUUAGACCAUGGGGCGAAGACGAAGAUAUCAUCAAUGAUGAACCAGAAAGCUAAUAAAGUAUCUUCAAUUA